GAAUGGGGGUUGAAUGUGCGAAGCCAUAGUUGAAGCGGAGCGCCAAAUGGUGGAGGGCUACACUUAUUUAUGAAACUGUCUUGAGUUCUUCUUGAAUUGCCAGUUUUCAGCCUCCUCAUGCCUCCGUCUCCUCUAGACGACAGGGUAGUAGUGGCACUGUCUAGGCCUGUCCGACCUCAGGAUCUCAACCUCUGUUUAGACUCUAGCUACCUUGGCUCUGCCAACCCAGGCAGUGACAGCCAUACUCCUGUCAUCACCACCACCGUUGUGUCCCUCAAGGCUGCGAAUCUGACGUAUAUGCCCUCAUCCAGCGGCUCUGCCCGCUCCCUAAAUUGUGGAUGCAGCGGUGCCAGCUGCUGCACUGUGGCAACCUACGACAAGGACACUCAGGCCCCAAACCAAGCCAUCGCCACCGGCACUGCAACCACCACCAUCGGAACCUCUACCACCUGCCCUGCUUACCAGAUGGUCAACAACAAUGAGAACACAGGCCCUUUAAGUCCAGCGUGUGGGGUGGGCAGCCCUGUGUCAGGAACCCCCAAGCAGCUAGCCAGCAUCAAAAUCAUCUACCCCAAUGAUUUGGCGAAGAAGAUGACCAAGUGCAGCAAGAGUCACCUUCCGAGUCAGAGCCCCGUCAUCAUCGACUGCAGACCCUUUAUGGAGUAUAACAAGAGUCACAUCCAAGGAGCUGUCCACAUUAACUGUGCCGAUAAGAUCAGCCGGCGGAGGCUGCAGCAGGGCAAGAUCACCGUCCUAGACUUGAUUUCCUGUAGGGAAGGCAAGGACUCUUUCAAGAGGAUCUUUUCCAAAGAAAUUAUCGUUUACGAUGAGAAUACCAAUGAGCCCAGCCGAGUGAUGCCCUCCCAGCCACUCCACAUCGUCCUCGAGUCUCUGAAGAGAGAGGGCAAAGAACCGCUGGUGUUGAAAGGUGGACUUAGCAGUUUUAAGCAGAACCAUGAAAACCUCUGUGACAACUCCCUUCAGCUCCAAGAGUGCCCGGAGGUUGGAGGUGGCGCCUCUGCAACCUUGGGCUUACUACCUCAGUCCCUCCCCACCACGCCAGACAUUGAGAACGCAGAGCUCACCCCCAUCCUGCCCUUCCUGUUUCUUGGCAACGAGCAGAACGCCCAGGACCUGGAUACGAUGCAGCGGCUGGACAUCGGCUACGUCAUCAAUGUCACCACUCACCUUCCCCUCUACCACUACGAGAAAGGCCUGUUCAGCUACAAGCGGCUGCCCGCCACAGACAGCAACAAGCAGAACCUGCGGCAGUACUUCGAAGAGGCUUUUGAGUUCAUUGAGGAAGCUCACCAGUGUGGGAAGGGGCUCCUCAUCCACUGCCAAGCCGGGGUGUCUCGCUCAGCCACCAUUGUCAUCGCUUACUUGAUGAAGCACACUCGGAUGACCAUGACUGACGCUUAUAAGUUUGUCAAAGGCAAGCGACCAAUUAUUUCCCCAAACCUUAACUUUAUGGGGCAGUUGCUGGAGUUUGAGGAAGACCUAAACAACGGUGUGACACCAAGGAUCCUUACCCCAAAGUUGACGGGCGUGGAGACGGUGGUGUGACAGCGGUCAGGACAGGAAGGAUCCCUGUUCUCCAUCAGGAGAUGAAGAGCAAGAGGGCCGGGUUUUUGCCGUUCUUCUUUCCUUUAAUUUUUUCCCCCCUAAGUUGGGAGGAUAAUGUUCGAGAAUGGAGACAAACUUGUGCAGAAAUGUUUUAUUUUUUAACAAGUGUGAGAAGAGUUUAACUUUUGAUGCCAAGAUUUACUUCCCAGAAACUGAUAAAACAGGGAGGCUAAAGAAGUCACUUUUUAAAAGCCAACAAUUAAAAUUAAGACUUGGUUGUCCCCCCACCCCCACCCCCAAACAUACCAAUAGCACCCUUUUUCCGCUGUACGCAGUUUCUAGAGUUUGCGAUGGGACCGUCUGUGCAGGCUCAUAGACCGAAGACGCUACACUUUUCAACAAUAGCAAAGAACCAAACGUCAGGAGAAAGGACACUGAACUGUAAAGGCCCUGGAGUCCGGCCGGGCUGUCCAUUUAGAACACUGAACCCAACCAAAGCCCUGUAGUGCUCACUGGUGCGAAGAGAAGAUCAGGGCCACUUAAGUUGUCUGAGAAUCCUUCCUUCACACAUUCUUUAAAGAGACAAAGAUGCUGUUGAUUUUGUGUGUUUCAUGCUCGGGAUUUUUUUUGGGGGGGGGAGUCCCUUUUCUAGGUUUAAGAAAUUUAUUUUCAAUAGCCAAGAACUUGACCAUUAUACCAUAUGCCUUCUAUGGCUUCUUGUGCAAUAAUAUGGUGUUUUGAGGUGCAGACAAAUUAGUGCUGGCAGCCUAAUAAUAGACAAAUAGUACAAACGUGCCAGCUUGGAGAUAGCAAAGAAUUCAACAGAACCAGUUCUUUUCCUUCCCAUCUUGUACCUUUGCUCCCUUGUUUUGUUGUUGUUUUGAUUUGAUUCUGGUUAUAGUGCCAUAAACCUUGUUACAUAUGUAUAUCAGAAUGUAAAAAAAAAGACAAAAAUUUAUUUAAAAAAUAU